UUGUGUUCCAGGACUGCGCCCGUCUUGCUAAACACCUCUACUGUAAUUUCACUUCUUAUCAGAAACUCUAUAGAGAAUAAUAGAAUCACGUACUCUUUCACCAAAAGGCCUCUGCAUCGCUUCUCUUUCCCUCUCCAAUUUUAAACCCGACUGCGAAGGAAAAGAAAAGCAAAUCAACGAACGAAAAAGAAAAGAAAAAAAGAAAAAGAAUAAUAGCAGAAGUAGAAAGCGUAAAACAAAAUAGUCACAGAAUCACCACCGUUGCCGCCCACUAGCACCACCGCCACUACCACCACAAUCACUAGCAACAGGAUGUUCAAAAUCUUCAGAGGUAGAGAUACGGCCAGCGAGUCCUCGCCGGAAACCUCGCCGUAUCAAUCACCAUCCAUGUCACAGACUUCGUCGACAGGACCGGCGAGGCCAAUUAGACUUGUUUAUUGCGACGAGAAAGGAAAGUUUCGGAUGGAUCCAGAAGCAGUCGCUACACUCCAGCUUGUUAAAGGGCCAAUUGGUGUCGUUUCGGUCUGUGGUCGCGCUCGCCAGGGAAAAAGCUUCAUUUUAAAUCAGCUUCUAGGAAGAAGUACUGGAUUUCAAGUAGCAUCAACUCAUCGACCAUGUACAAAAGGACUUUGGUUGUGGAGUGCACCAUUGAAGAGAACUGCUCUUGAUGGAACUGAGUAUAAUCUGUUACUUUUAGAUACUGAAGGAAUAGAUGCAUAUGAUCAAACAGGAACAUACAGCACUCAGAUAUUUACCUUAGCUGUUCUGUUAUCUAGCAUGUUCAUUUUCAAUCAGAUGGGUGGUAUAGAUGAAUCUUCAAUUGAUCAACUCUCUCUUGUCACUCAAUUAACGAAACAUAUUCGAGUAAAAGCUUCAGGAGGAAGGACUACAGUUUCUGAACUUGGACAAUUCUCCCCUAUAUUUGUUUGGCUUCUAAGGGACUUUUAUCUAGAUUUGGUCGAGGAUAAUAAGAAAAUAACUCCUCGUGACUAUCUAGAAAUAGCUUUAAGGCCGGUUCAAGGUAGUGGAGGAGAUAUAGCUGCGAAAAAUGCGAUACGGGAUUCCAUUCGAGCUCUCUUUCCUGAUAGAGAAUGCUUUGCCCUUGUGAGGCCUGUGCCUGAGGAACGGGAUCUACAGCGAAUGGGUCAACUGUCGUUGGACAAUUUAAGACCAGAAUUUAGAUCUGGACUGGAUGCAUUGACAAAGUUUGUUUUUGAGAGGACGAGGCCUAAGCAAGUUGGGGCUACGAUAAUGACAGGCCCUGUUCUUGUUGGUAUCACAGAAUCUUAUUUGGAGGCUCUGAAUAAUGGUGCAGUACCCACAAUAUGCUCCUCAUGGCAGAGUGUUGAAGAAGCUGAAUGUCGAAAAGCAUAUGAUAUUGCCAUGGAGGUUUAUAGGUCUACUUUUAACCGUUCGAAGCUGCCAGAGGAAGUUGCUCUGAGGGAAGCACAUGAAGAAGCAGUACGGAAAUCGCUGGAUGCAUUCAAUGCAAGUGCUGUAGGGAUUGGUGAGACAAGGAAGAAAUAUGAAGGGCUUCUGCAUAAAGAAUUGAAAAAGGCAUUUGAGGAUUAUAAGAGGAUCACAUUUAUGGAGGCAGACUUGCGAUGCUCAAAUGCUAUACAGAAAAUGGAAAGGAAGCUUAGAACAGCUUGUCAUUCUUCGGAUGCAAAUGUGGACAAUAUUGUGAAGCUUCUUGAUGGUUUUCUAUCUGAUUAUGAAACAUCAUGUCAUGGUCCAGGGAAAUGGCAGAAAUUAGCCAUUUUCCUACAACAAAGUUUGGAAGGCCCAAUAUGUGACCUUGCCAAGAGGCUUAAUGAUCAAAUUGGAUCUGAGAAGAGUUCCCUCAUGUUAAAGUGUCGCUCUAUUGAGGAUAAGAUGACAUUGCUUAACAAGCAAUUGGAAGCUAGUGAGAAACACAAAUCUGAAUAUAUGCAACGUUAUAAUGAAGCUAUCAAUGAAAAGAAGAAGCUGGCUGAUGACUAUAUGAAGCGCAUAUCUGAUAUGCAAAGUAGUCGCAGUUUGCUGGAUGAGAGGUGUUCAAGCUUAGUGAAAGCAUUGGAAUCUGCCAAGCAAGAAAUGUCAGACUGGAAAAGAAAGCAUGAUCAGCUCUUAUCGAAACAGAAAGCUGAUGAAGACCAGACCAGUUCAGAAAUUGCAGUUCUCAAGUCUCGAAGCAGUGCCACUGAAGCAAGGCUGGCUGCUGCUCAUGAACAAACUAAAUCUGCUCAGGAAGAGGCCGCAGAGUGGAAAAGAAAAUACGAUAUUACUGUAAGAGAAACAAAAGCUGCUUUGGAAAAGGCAGCAAUUGUACAAGAACGGACAGGCAAAGAGACCCAAUUGAGGGAAGAUGCUUUGCGAGAAGAAUUUUAUAGUCAAUUGGCUGAAAAGGAAAGAGAAAUAAAGGAGAAAAAUGGGAGAAUCGAGCAUGCUGAGCAGUGUUUGACGACCCUAAACUUGGAGUUAAAGGCUGCUGAAUCAAAGAUGAAGAGUUUUGAUUCUGAAAUAUCAUCCCUAAAGCUUGAAAUCAAGGAAUGGAGUGAAAAGUUUGAGUCUGCAAAUGCUAAGGCUCAAUCUUAUGAGAGAGAAGCUAGGAUAUUGGAGCAAGAGAAGAUCCAUCUGGAGCAGAAGUACGGAUCUGAGUUUGAGAGAUUUGCAGAAGUCCAAGAUAGGUGUCAUCAUGCUGAAAAUGAAUGUAAGAGGGCUACUGAAUUGGCUGAUAAAGCACGCGCUGAUGCAGCCUCUGCCCAAAGGGAAAAGAGCGAGCUUCAGAAAUUAGCAAUGGAAAGGUUAGCCCAAAUAGAGAGGGCAAAGAGGCAUAUUGAAAGUUUGGAAAGAGAGAAAAAUGACCUGGCAGAUGAAGUUGAUAGAAUACGCAUAACGGAGAUGGAGGCUGUCUCAAGAGUUGCACUUCUGGAGGCAAGGGUUGAAGAAAGGGAGAAAGAAAUAGAAUUAUUGCUGAAAUCAAAUAAUGAGGAGAGGGCCAGUAAUGUUAAAGCCCUGAAGGAGCUCUUGGAUGCUGAGCGAAAAGCCCAUAGUGUUGCUAACAAACGGGCAGAGGACUUCUCUCUUCAGUUGGAAGAAGCAAGGGCAAAACUUGAUGCACUACAGCAAGAGUUUACUUCAGUUCGUUUGAAUGAGUCAGCAUUAGACAAUAAGCUGAAGGCAACUUCCCAUGGUAAACGUUUGAGAAGUGAUGAUGUCGAGAUGGGUGUAGGAUCUGUCCAAGACAUGGGUACAAACAACAGAAGUUUAAGACAGAGUAAGAAGUCCAGGAGCACAAGCAGCCCCUUAAAGUACACACAUCCAGAAGAUGGUGGUUCAGUGUUCAUGGGUGAUGAGGAUAACCAGAGUCAGCAAACUGAUCAGGAAGACUAUACAAAGUUCACAGUGCAGAAACUUAAGCAGGAGCUGACAAAGCAUAAUUUUGGUGCUGAGCUCCUUCAGUUGAAAACUCCAAACAAGAAAGACAUUCUUGCCUUGUACGAGAAAUGUGUUCUCCAAAAGUCAUAAGCUUCUUAGAGUUGGCGUGUAUAUGAGGGUGCUUGUAAUCUACUGGGAGUUUAGUCAAUAGGUCAGUGUGAGAAUAUUAGGUAGUUUUAAUCCUUUGGGGUUUCUGUUAAGUUAUAUAUGGAUUUGGAAGAUCUUGUUGAUGUAACAAAUUAGGGUCCGUUAAUACUCUGCGGUGAGGGUCAGAAGUAUUUCAUCUCUAGUUUUUCGCGUCUCUUAGAAUCCCUUUUGAGAAUACCGUUUCUAGAAUUUGCUCGUGGCAGAGCUGAGUGUGUGGCGUGUGGUCCAUUUCCUGGACAGCGUGGAUCCAAGUGUGUAACCCUAGGUGAAGACUCCAUUUCAGAACUUGCUGAAUCUACAAUUUCAUAUUGACUUUGAUUUUUAA